AUGAGAGAUCCAGUCUUUUCGGGCACUGCCAUGGCUUACCACCCUUUCCACGCUCACCGGCCCACCGACUUCCCCAUGUCAGCGUUCCUGGCGGCCGCGCAGCCCUCCUUCUUCCCCGCGCUGGCUCUGCCUCCCGGCGCGCUCACCAAGCCCAUUCCGGAGCACGCGCUGGCCGGGGCCGCCGAGCCGGGUCUCCAUCCGGCCCUCAGCCACCAUCAGGCGGCCCACCUCCGCAGCCUCAAGAGCCUCGAGCCCGAGGAGGAAGUGGAAGACGAUCCCAAAGUUACACUGGAAGCCAAGGAUCUAUGGGACCAGUUCCACAAACUGGGAACAGAAAUGGUUAUUACGAAAUCUGGCAGGAGAAUGUUUCCACCCUUUAAGGUCCGAAUUAACGGACUGGAUAAAAAAGCCAAGUAUAUUUUGUUAAUGGACAUCGUGGCUGCCGACGACUGCCGCUAUAAGUUCCACAACUCGCGCUGGAUGGUGGCGGGCAAGGCCGACCCGGAGAUGCCCAAGCGCAUGUACAUCCACCCGGACAGCCCUGCCACAGGAGAGCAGUGGAUGGCCAAGUCUGUCACUUUUCAUAAACUCAAGCUGACCAACAACAUUUCGGACAAGCACGGAUUUACUAUACUGAACUCCAUGCAUAAAUACCAGCCUAGGUUCCAUAUUGUGAGGGCCAACGAUAUACUGAAGCUUCCCUACAGCACUUUCAGGACAUAUGUGUUUCCCGAGACCGAAUUCAUUGCUGUCACUGCCUAUCAAAAUGACAAGAUUACACAGCUGAAAAUCGAUAAUAAUCCAUUUGCUAAAGGAUUCAGAGACACAGGAAAUGGAAGGAGAGAGAAAAGGAAACAGUUAACUCUCCCUUCAUUACACAUGUAUGAGAUGGGUCAGUGUAAAGUGGACCGGGAUGGUGGAGACUCUGAUGCCUCCUCAGGAGAGCCUGCCAGCGGGAGAGAAACUGCCCACUCGCCCAUCAGACCAGUGACCAGCCCACUGCCGUUCACUCGGAGCACCAGAGAUGACAAAACCUGCAGUGACAGUGAGCAUGAAACUGACCACCAGGAAGAACAGUGUGGCGAGUCAAGCAGUCCUGCUCCCAAGCCCCCUUCUCCGUUCAGCCCGAGGUGCGAGGAGCGGCCCAGAGAGAGGUCCAGCCUGGACAAGAAAGAGGACUACUCGGACUCGAGAAAGGCCAGCGACUCCAUAUUUAACAUAAGCAGCGCAGACAAAGACAAGCUGGAGCACAAGCACAGGAAAGACUCCGAGUCGUCCAAGAAGGAUGCGGACAGCGGAGGUCUGAGCGGGAGUAAAGAGAGCUUCUCCCCGCUCAUGGUACAGACUGAGAGCCCCUCACAUUUCGGAGCGGGACACCUGCAGAGCCUAGCGCUCUCGGGCCUGCACAGUCAACAGUUCUUUAACCCGCUGAACACCGGACAGCCCCUACUCUUCCACCCCGGACAGUUCGCCAUGGCGCCCGGGGCGUUUUCAGCCAUGGGCAUGGGACAUCUGCUGGCCUCUGUAUCAGGAGCGAGUGGCUUGGAGAACGGCAGCGUGGCAGCGCAGGGGGCUGGAGCGACUCCCAGCCCCUUCCCCUUCCAUCUGUCCCAGCACAUGCUGGCCUCUCAGGGCAUUCCCAUGCCACCCUUCGGCGGACUCUUCCCCUACCCGUACACGUACAUGGCUGCUGCGGCUGCUGCGGCCUCUGCCCUGCCGGCCAGCUCCUCGGCCUCCUCGCUGUCCAGGAACCCGUUCCUGAGCGGCUCGAGGCACCGCCUGCGCUUCAGCCCCUACCAGCUGCCCGUGUCCAUCCCUCAAAGCACAAACCUGCUGACCACCGGCCUGCCAGGCGGUCUCAACCCCUCGUCCGAGUCCUCCAAGUCCGGCAGCAGGGAGGCCAGUCCGGUGCCCGAGCAGCAGCAGGGCCACAAGGGCGGCUCUGGCCAGAGGAACGGCUCUCCAAAAACUCCGCUGAAGGAGUCCAUCAACGAGCUGCAGAACAUCCAGAGACUCGUGAGCGGCCUGGAGAGCCAGCGAGAGCCGUCCCCGAGCAGGGACUCACCCAAGUGAUCAAGAGUCCCUAAACCUAUCCAGGGCAUGACUUGAAUCGCCAGAGGAUGUCAUCAAGCCAUUCUCUGAUGGAUGUUCGUGUACUCUUAAAAAUACAAACAAAACCCGCAUGGAUGACCGCAGUGGCAAUAGCAAAACAGGACAGGAGAAAAAAGAAACAACCAAAAAUGACCCGUGGAGGACGAAACGAACUUGGUGCUCUUGUGGUGGAAAACUUGAAAAGAGCCAGAAAACGGCGCGAAGACAAUCUCCCACAGCCCCUAUCCUGACUGAGUCCAUGCAAAACUUGCUGAAAACCUCAUCAAUCCGAGAUUUCGCGAGACGAAAAUUGCAGCAUUUGUAGAACGGAAAAUAAUGACGGCUGACCACAGAACUGUGGAGAUGAAUGAUGAUUCAAAUGACACUUUAUGAUCUCUAAAUCAGCCAAGCUACAUCCCCAGAAAACCAAACACUAAACACGAAUAAAUGAAUAAAUAAAACGGUAUUAGAAAAGGGAUUGAGGUGACAGUUAGUGGACAGUUUGUGAUAUCCGCCGGACAGCUGUACGUGAACUAUUUAAUGUAAUUAAAAAGUAAUUCUGUAAAUAAGCUAUAAGGAUCCAAGAAUAUGCAAAUUGGUAUUAAUUUAUUCAAAGCUGUACAUUUGCGUGUACAUAAUAUUUAGAGUUUAACUCAUUGCUUUUUUUUUGUCAUUUUACAUGAACGUACAUUGUAAAUGGAAGCUACUUAAUAGCGCUUGUUGGGUUGGAGCAGAUAUUUCUAUCUGUGAUGCAUUUUGCUGUUUAAUCUGCCUGUGACACGGAACGGAAGUGUGUGCCAUCGCUGCGCAGUGGCUGGAAGACCCUUAAUGAGGGCAAGCUGGGCGCCUCAGGUGAAUCUUCUCCAACACAGGCGAGCCACAUUCCUCCUCCUGAACUGACUAAAGCCCACACAGCCCACAGGGACAGGCCUAGAGCUCAGUGUAUGAACGUGUCGCAUUUGCUGGUUGUCCGGAUUUUUUUUUCUGUUGUUGGAUUCUCUCACAGUUUCAAUAAAAAUGUGUUGAAAUAA